AUGGGGCGGCUCUUGAGGGCGGCGGAGGAGGAGGUGCCGGGGACCCUGAUGUCGCUGAAACUGUCGGCCAUGGAGAUCAGCGAGCUCACCCGGAAGCUCAGCAGCUUGAGGUGAGGCCGAUAUGUCUUCGGAGGUUCCUCCUGGCGCAGGCAGGCAGGCAAUGGAAUCAUUUCUAACUGCAGUCUGUGGAAUCUGCAGGCAGCGGAUGCCGAGAAGCAGAAGUAAUGGAAGAAAGGAUCGGACGAGUGGGCAGAGGGCCGGGACCGGCGGCGCCGAUUCUCUCAUCAUCUGA